GUCCAAAUCGUCAUGAUUGCCAGCUUGGCAGCAACUCGUCGUGUCUAUUCCCUUCCGCCACUUCCAACCUCGUUCGUUUCUCCGCAAGGAAUUCAUCGCUCCGUUCCCUUUUUUUCCCCUAGCUAAGAAUUGGGACGCCAAUUUCCUUGGUCUUGAUUGACUCCGAUUCCAAGGCUUUCUCUAGGAGAUGGAGGGCGGAGGCAGCGGCGAAGCCUUCGGUUCCUCCACCGCCCCGCUCACCUGGCACGAUUUCUUGGAGCGGAUGCGCCACCCAUCGGCGGCAGAUUUCGUCAAAUCGAUCAAGAGCUUCAUUGUAUCCUUUUCAAAUCGAGCUCCUGAUCCAGAAAAAGACAGUGCUUCUGUACAGGAGUUCCUUUCCAACAUGGAAGAGGCCUUUAGGGCUCAUACACUUUGGGCUGGUAGUUCAGAAGAAGAACUGGAAAGUGCUGGGGAGGUGAGCUAUUACACUUCCAUAUUUUCAUUUAUGCUAAUAUAUAAAACUUUUCAUCCUGGAUUACAUGCUUGUUCCUGAAAUGGAGAUGUAAGA